AAAAUCAAAUCAAAUCACCUUAAGUAGUCUUUUACUCCUAGAGAAAUUUUGUAGAUACUAGAUAGAGAGGAAGCCAAAGACACCUUGAUAAGUAUUAUUAUAAUGGAGCAUGGUGGCAAAGAAGACCAGACGACGACGUUCAACAAAUAUGCCUUUGCUUGUGCUGUUGUUGCUUCAAUGGUAUCCAUCAUAUCUGGCUAUGACACUGGCGUUAUGAGUGGAGCAAUGAUAUUCAUCAAGGAUGACAUUGGAAUCAGCGACACCCAACAAGAGGUUCUAGCAGGAAUCUUGAACCUAUGCGCAUUGGUGGGGUCUUUGGCCGCAGGAAGAACCUCCGAUUACAUUGGUCGCCGCUACACAAUCUUGUUGGCCUCACUCCUCUUCAUGGUUGGUGCAAUUCUCAUGGGGUAUGGUCCAAACUACGCAAUUCUAAUGCUUGGAAGGUGUGUUGGUGGUGUUGGUGUAGGCUUUGCUCUCAUGAUAGCACCGGUUUAUUCAGCAGAGAUCUCCUCUGCAUCGUCAAGGGGGUUUCUAACCUCGUUACCCGAGCUUUGCAUCGGCAUUGGGAUCUUACUUGGGUACAUAUCAAACUACUUCUUGGGGAAAUUGACUUUGAGGCUAGGAUGGAGAUUGAUGCUUGGUGUAGCAGCACUUCCCUCGCUCGCUUUGGCCUUGGGGAUUCUGGCAAUGCCAGAGUCCCCAAGGUGGUUGGCGAUGCAGGGAAGGCUUGCGGACGCAAAGAACGUGUUCUUGCGUGUCUCCAACACCGAACAGGAGGCCGAACUCCGAUUCGGUGAAAUAAAAGUUGUGAUGGGGUUUAAUGAUUGUGAAGUCGAGGAGAAAAAUGUGAAGCCCUCUUACAAGUCUCAAGGGGAAGGGGUUUGGAAAGAGUUGCUGGUGAGACCGACGCCAAAAGUGCGUUGGAUGCUGAUUGCAGCCGUGGGGAUUCAUUUCUUCGAGCAUGCAACGGGCAUUGAGGCUGUGAUGUUGUAUAGUCCAAGAAUCUUCAAGAAAGCUGGUGUCACUAGUAAAGAUAAGCUUCUUCUUGCAACGGUUGGUAUUGGCCUCACAAAGAUCAUUUUCUUGGUCUUGGCUUUGUUUUUGCUUGACAAAGUUGGUAGAAGGCGUCUUUUGCAAAUCAGCACUGGGGGAAUGGUUUGUGGGCUCACACUUUUGGGUUUUAGUUUGACUAUGGUGGAUAGUUCUAGUGAAAAGCUCUUGUGGGCUUUGAGCCUUAGCAUUGGGGCCACUUAUGGUUAUGUUGCUUUCUUUAAUGUUGGGCUUGGGCCUGUUACUUGGGUCUAUGCGUCGGAGAUAUUUCCUUUGAAGUUGAGGGCGCAAGGGGCUAGUAUAGGAGUUGCAGUGAAUAGAACCAUGAAUGCAGUGGUUUCCAUGAGUUUUAUUUCGGUGUACAAAGCGAUCACUAUAGGUGGGAGCUUUUUCAUGUUUGCUGGAAUAUCUAUAGUGGCUUGGGUGUUCUUCUACUUUUUCCUUCCUGAAACCAAAGGCGUGCCCUUGGAAGAGAUGGAGAUGGUUUUCAGCAAAAAAUCCAGUGGGAAAAAUGUAGCAAUAGAAAAUGGUCCAAGAUAGAAAGUGUAGUGUGUUAUAGUGUUACAGUGAGAAAAACCAUUUGAGAGAAUAGGUGUGAUUAUGUAGCAUUCUGGGCUACAUGCUGUAAAAUUCAACACACUAGAUUUUAUGUAUUGUUCAACCAAGAUCCA